AUGUUCUCGAGACAGGCUGUUCGCACCCUCCGAGCGGCGGCUCCCGCUUCGCGCCUCGUUGCCCGCGCCCCGGCCGUCCGCACCUACGCCGCUGCCGCCGCGACCGAGGCCGUCAAGCCCCCCGUCGCCGUCUUUGGCCUCGACGGCACCUACGCCACUGCCCUGUACACCGCCGCCUCCAAGACCUCUUCUCUGGACCCCACGGCCAAGGCCCUGGCCACCCUCGACGCCAUCUUCGCCAAGGACCCCAAGCUGACCACCGUCCUCGCCGCGCCCACCCUGACCCCCGAGGACAAGUCCGCCAUCGUCGCCGAGCUCACCAAGCAGGCCGGCGCCGGCUCCCAGGAGACCGUCAAGAACUUCCUUGCCGCCCUCGCCGAGAACAACCGCCUCGGCCUCCUCCCCGGCAUCACCCAGAAGUUCGCCGAGAUCAUGAGCGCCGCCCGCGGCGAGGUUGAGCUCACUGUCACCAGCGCCACUCAACUCGACAACAAGACCCUCAACCGCCUCGAGAGCUCCAUCGCCAAGUCCUCCUACGUUGGCCAGGGCAAGAAGCUCAAGGUCACCAACAACGUCAACCCCGAUAUCGUCGGAGGCCUCAUUGUCGAGAUCGGCGACCGGACCAUCGACCUCAGCGUCUCUGGCAAGAUUGCCAAGCUCAACAAGCUUCUCACUGACACUUUGUAA